UGAACGUAAGGCGCGGAUCUCUGAUCCCAGCGGCGCGAGAUGGCUAUUUGAUGCGGUUAUUUAUUUAUUUUUAAAGACACUUUAAAGGAGCUGCCACCGUUUCGGGGAGGCGGACGCCAUGACGGGCCGUAAAUUCUCUAAAGAGAAGAAGCGACAUCGCUCGCGUUUGUGCUGUCCAGAGGAGGGAGGCGGCAGCGACAGGAAACGGCGGAGCACUGACGCGGUCCGCGGCCCUCCGGAGGAAACCAAGUGUAUUGUUCAGGUUCCAGAAAAGAAAGAUGUGGUAGAAGAGCCCAGUGACAUAGAAGAAGGUGGACUAGAUCUGACUGUGCAAUUAAAGCCUGUCAGUUUCUAUAUUACAGACAAGAAGGAAAUGCUUCAGCAAUGCUUUUAUAUCAUAGGGGAGAAGAAAUUGCAGAAGAUGUUGCCUGAUGUUUUAAAGAGCUGUUCUGUAGAAGAAAUUAAAAGGCUUUGUCUUGAACAAUUGGAGCUUAUGUCUGAGAAGAAGUUAUUGAAAAUUCUUGAAGGUGAGAGUGGGGUGGACUCUGAUAGUGAUGAGGAGACCAAUGGUGGUGAAGAAAAGACAAUAGUUGAACCAGUCAGUCAGCAAGACAAUAGCAUAGAUUCUACUUCUUCUCUGAAGGAAGAAAACAAAUUGGAAGGGCUGGAUUCAAAACAAGGCAAAGGAGAAGAUAGUGAUAUUCUCAGCAUCAAUGCAGACGCAUAUGACAGCGACAUUGAAGGACCAUGCAAUGAAGAAGAUAAUCCAGAUGUGCCAGAACGGACAGUUGGAAGUGGAGAUGGCCAGAUAGAUGACCUUCAGAAAGACAUUGAGAAAAGUGUAAAUGAAAUCCUGGGGCUUGCUGAAUCCUCCCCAAAGGAUUCCAAGGCAGCAGCUUUAGCAGUUCCUCCAACAGAUGAUGUUCAGCCAUCAGCACAGCAGCUGGAGCUCCUGGAGCUUGAGAUGCGAGCGAGGGCUAUUAAGGCCCUUAUGAAAGCUGGAGAUGUAAAAAAAUAGCCACAGGGCUAUUUCAUUUGCUAGAUAGUUGUAUUUGCUCUGAUGAAUGUAGGGUCAGCUUCCUUCCAUGCUACAGUAUAUUUGGACUAGUUUUGACAUUCCUCAUUCAAGCCCUUUGUGUAUUCUAGCUCAUAGCUGAAAUAGUUGGCAGCAGUUUAUCAGGGCCAUCAGUCCGCUUCUGUGACUUAUGCAAACAGAUUGGUUUGAUGCUGUUUUUUCCAGCUGUCCUUUUUUUUAGAUUAUUUCCCAACAUGAAUUGGAAAACAGUCAGAGGCAGUAUGGAUGCAGCUAAGCCCUGUUGCUUUACAGACUAGAAUAAUCACAGG